AUGCUGAGAAACCAACCAAUGCGAGCCAGUCUCCAGGUGGCCCCUCUAUCUAUCGCCAAAUCUCGAACCGACUCAUCUGGAGAUGCUUCAUCGACCUUGGAGAACGACACCAGCCUCUACUCACAAUCACAAAUGACACCACCCGCUACUCCCAAUGGCUCGCAGGAGGACCUUUCACCCGCUCCUUCACCUCAGUAUACUCCUCCUCCGGCCUUUCACAACUUCCUGCGAGCCUUUUAUCCUUUUAACCCCAGCUAUGUUAUGACCGACUCGAGUGUGACGUUGCCUCUUAACGAGGGCGACGUUGUGUUAGUGCACUCUAUCCAUACCAAUGGAUGGGCUGAUGGUACAUUACUUAUCUCUGGUGCCCGGGGAUGGCUACCGACCAAUUAUUGCGAGGCCUAUGAGCCUGAUGAUAUGUGCAACCUGCUGAAGGCUCUUUUGAACUUUUGGGACCUGCUUAGAAGUACAUCCGUCAAUGAUAAGGAGAUCUUUGGUAACCAGGAGUUCAUGAAGGGCAUCAUUGCAGGUGUUCGAUUCUUGUUGGAACGAACAAACUGCCUCAACAGAGAGUCCCUGUUUAUUCAAAGGAGCGAUAGCUUGCGCAAGUGCCGCAAGUCUCUUCUGUCAGAGCUCUCAUCGCUAGUCAAGACUGCUAAGCGUUUACAAGAAACACAGCGUCUCGAAAUCACUCCCGUGGAAGAUGUAAAUGACAUAAUCGACGAGAUGAUUCUUAAGGCUUUUAGAAUUGUAACAAAGGGCGUUCGUUUCUUGGACGUUCUUGAGGAGGAUCGGAGGGCACGUGCACCUGCAGCCGUUACAGUUAUGGAUACAGUUCUCGAAGAAUCAUGCGUGCCUCCAACACCACCAGCUGAUCAAUCAACUUUCGAUGAACAAAGCCAACGAAGCCCCAUUGACACUGAUUCUCAGGCUGCCGCUAGUGUCGCUGCUUCUGAGUCGAGUGAGACCACCCAAACCUCGACUUCUAUUUUCACGAAACGGCUAUCAUCACUCAGCUCUCGUACUGGCCCGAGCUCGCAUAGAUUAUCUCAAGGAAGCCUUGCCCAAGCACACCGCCUGUCUGCUACCAUCUCUCACAGAGUCUCUCUCGCUGGGCCUUCAUCAGUGUCGCGAGCUCAUCACCUUGUCACUGAACGUCUCAACCGCAGCCACGAUACCUUCCUGUCCCACCUGGGUUCUUUCAUCGGUCGCCUGCAUCUCCAAUCCCAGUCGCGCCCCGAACUAGCUUCUGCUAUCCGUCAGUCUGCACUAUCUGGUGGGGAAUUGCUUGCAGUAGUUGACGGGGUCUAUGACCACAUUAACUCGAGCUCAGAGGCUCUCGCCCGAGCUCGGUCCACCAUGUUUGCACGAAUCCAAGAUCUCGUCUUUUCUGGCCGCGAUACCCUUGUCAGUGCGACCUCUGAAGAUGCCGAUUUGAUUAUGCCUCACGACAACACAAUGCUUCUUGCAUCCGCUACAGGCUGCGUUCGAGCCGCUGGCGACUGUGUUGCCAAGGCAAAGUCAGCCAUCGAACGCAUCGGCGAUUUUGAAUUCGAGCUUGAGACUAGCAGCCUUGGUAUCGAUCUGAGUAUUUUGGACAUUGACUCAGAGGAGCGAGCUAGAACACCGUCCGUUUCAGAGCCCAAUGUACCCGAUACUGCCAGCAUCGCCGGCUCGAACCGAACUUCAAACUCGUCAAACCCUGCCUCACGACGCCUCACUGUUGUCGCAAUUGACAAGCCCCUCCCCGAGGUCCCCCAGGUGACGACACCUACUGAUGAACAGACCAUUCAUCAAUCACCUAGCUCCUCUCGACGCUCUUCAGUCGUGGAUGACAAUAUCUCGAGUGUUGCAUCCUCUAUUUCCUCACUCCGACCCUCGCUUCCUCCUCUCCCCAAGCUUUCUACUGCGAUUCUGGCAAACGAGGAAUACAGUCCUGUCGAUAACCAUGACAGCGACUUCAACUCGUCUUCCCGCUUUGACAGUAUGGUUGCGUCCAGUGCUGGCAGCAGUGCCACUUACCUUAGCCGCGACUCUGAAGUCAGCAUUGUCUCGCAGUCAUCAACUCGAGCCACUACGCCCGACCACACUCUUGCUCCUCAGAAGCAACCCUCCCUGUCAAACCUAAGCAAUGGCGGAAGUUCGUCGCAAAUGGAGGAAGUCGACGUCGAGUCGAGGCUUAUGGAGAAGACGUUUGCUCACGAACUCAUGUUCAACAAGGAGGGCCAGGUCACUGGUGGCUCACUACCAGCUCUUGUCGAGCGUCUGACCACUCACGAAUCUACCCCUGAUGCCAUGUUCGUUUCUACCUUCUACCUCACCUUCCGCCUUUUCUGUACCCCAGUCCGAUUUGCCGAGGCGCUUAUUGAACGGUACGACUAUGUUAACGACUCCCCUCAUGUGGCUGGACCUGUCCGCUUGAGAGUAUACAAUGCUUUCAAGGGCUGGCUCGAAUCCCAUUGGAGGGAUGAGACCGACCGCAAUGCUCUCGAUUUGAUCAUGCCCUUUGCCGAAUUUAAGCUGGCUUCCUCACUGCCUUCUGCUGGAAGACGUCUUUUUGAGCUCGCUCAGCGCGUCUCUGGUGAGGGUUCUUUGGUGCCUCGACUUGUCUCGUCCAUGGGCAAGACCAAUACCUCUGUUGCUUCAUACGUCCCUGCUGACACACCACUGCCUAUCCCUGCUAUCACCAAGGGUCAGCUCGCCUUGCUCGCUUCUUUCAAGAUGGGUAACGCUCAGCCUAGUAUUCUCGAUUUCGACGCUCUCGAGCUGGCUCGCCAAUUGACUAUUAAGCAAAUGAACAUCUUCUCCUCCAUCCUUCCAGAGGAGCUCUUGGCUUCUCAGUGGAUGAAGAAUGGUGGAGUCGAUGCUCCUAACGUCAAGGCCAUGUCAUCUCUGUCCACUGAUCUGUCAAACCUCGUCGCCGAGACCAUUCUCCAGCAGCAAGAGGUCAAGAAGCGGGCGCAGGUGAUCAAGCAAUGGAUCAAGAUCGCACAUCAGUGUCUCGAGCUCCACAACUACGAUGGGCUUAUGGCCAUUAUUUGCAGCCUCAAUAGCAGCACCAUCAGCCGUCUUCGAAAGACUUGGGAUGCCAUUUCCACAAAGCGAAAGGAUAUGCUCCAAAACCUCCAAGAUCUCGUUGAGCCUUCCCAGAAUAACAAGGUCUUGCGAACCAGACUUCACGACCACGUCCCUCCCUGCUUGCCCUUCCUUGGAAUGUACCUGACCGAUUUGACUUUUGUCGACAUUGGCAACCCUGCUACCAAGCAGAUGUGCCUCGGUCCUGAGUCUGAGGAAGAUGGCGCUGGUGGUAUCACCGUCGUGAACUUUGACAAGCACACUCGUACAGCCAAGAUCAUUGGGGAGCUACAGCGGUUCCAGAUCCCUUACCGACUUACCGAGGUGCCUGACAUGCAGGACUGGAUGUCUUCUCAAAUUAGCCAUCUUCGUGACAGCGAAGAGGGCAACGCCAAUGUCCAAGUUACAUACUAUCGCAAGAGUCUCCUCCUGGAGCCUCGCGAAACUGCUAACCGCCCUACUGUUGAAUCAUCAGCUGCUUCUAUCGUUGGCGUCGGAGGUAGCCGUGCUGAUCUGUUCAGCUGGAUUUCUCGCGACCGCGGUACUUCAACACCUACACCUACCCACAUAUAA